GAUAAAGUUUUGCAAAGAAACGCAGACGGGAGGACGCCUUCUAUGCGUAACAUGGAAAGCAGCAGGAGAGGUCACCGCCACAUUGUCAGGAAGCUCCAAAUGCUGAGCUGAGUGUUGAGAGGACGAAUAAAUAUUCGGAUCAUUUUAAGUGCCACUUUCCGUUAUGUUGUGAAAGUCAGGGUCGUGUAAAGCAUUGUUUGACCAAAGCAUGUUUGAGAGAGAGAAAACAAGGAAACAGCACAGGCAAGCUGUAAGGAAGGGAGGGUGGCACGUAUAAGCGAAGUGAGUGAAGGAGAAGGCGGAUUUGCAAAUGUAAAGAAAAGGAGCAGCAGCUGAAAUUCAGGCUGGAGGGAGGUGCGACCGGGCUUGAAGGCGCGUCCGAGGCGGCGGGGAGACCGCGGCCGGCAGAACUUGCUGCGUCCGCGCGCCGCUCCAUCUGACCUCUCCUCGUUCUCCUCCCCGAAGAGGCACCUGGAAGUGAGGAGAUGUGAAGAAGCUUGAAGUAUGGCAUGCGAAGAUGAUUUCUGCCAAUACGAAGGAGAUGGUGACGGCGAUGCGCACCGUUUUUAUUUUUAUAACUCUCCUCUACUUUUUCUUUUUGACGACGUGUGUUAAGAGCGCCACAGGACAGACAAGGAAGGAUGAAAGGAUCUAUCCGGAGAAUUUUACGCGGAUUUUAGACCGACUUCUGGACGGGUACGAUAACAGGCUGAGACCUGGAUUCGGAGGUCCCGUGACUGAGGUCAAGACAGACAUUUAUGUGACAAGUUUUGGUCCUGUCUCAGAUGUUGAAAUGGAGUACACAAUGGACGUGUUCUUUCGACAGACGUGGGUGGACCGCAGGUUAAUGUAUGAGGGCCCGAUUGAGAUUUUGAGGCUGAACAACUUGAUGGUGACCAAAGUUUGGACGCCAGACACUUUCUUCAGAAACGGCAAGAAGUCAGUGGCCCAUAACAUGACGGCGCCCAACAAACUGUUCCGCAUUAUGAAGAAUGGAACCAUUCUCUACACAAUGAGAUUGACAAUUAGUGCAGAAUGUCCCAUGAAGCUUGUGGACUUCCCCAUGGAUGGACAUGCGUGCCCCCUCAAGUUUGGAAGCUAUGCCUAUCCCAAAACAGAGAUGAUCUAUACUUGGACCAAAGGGCCUGAGCACUCUGUGGAGGUCCCUCCCGAGUCGUCUAGCUUGGUUCAGUAUGAUCUCAUCGGCCAGACGGUCUCCAGUGAAACCAUCAAAUCCAUCACAGGUGAAUAUGUGGUGAUGACGAUCUUCUUCCACUUGAAACGGAAAAUGGGCUACUUCAUGAUUCAGACAUAUAUCCCUUGCAUAAUGACAGUCAUCCUGUCCCAAGUGUCCUUCUGGAUAAAUAAAGAGUCGGUGCCGGCGCGCACAGUUUUCGGUAUCACCACCGUGCUGACAAUGACGACUCUCAGCAUCAGCGCUCGCCACUCCCUCCCCAAGGUGUCAUACGCCACGGCGAUGGAUUGGUUUAUUGCGGUCUGCUUCGCCUUCGUCUUCUCCGCCCUCAUUGAGUUUGCCGCCGUCAACUACUUCACCAAUGCGCAGCUGGAACGGGCCAAAAAGAAGCCGGCCAAAUGCCCCCCUGGACCUCAAAGCACACCAGUCAAGGUCAAGGAGACGGAGGAAGUACUGCAGCAAAACCCAGACACUAAUGGUAACCUGAGGAAGCGGAUGAAUUACAUUUCCCACCAAGACUCGCGCAACCAACAGCGAGCCCAAUCCACGAGCAACAUUUCGGCAAUCGGAAGAGCCCGACCGCCCAGACCUUUAAACAGCCGCGUCAACGGAAGCUCGUCCACCCUCUCUUGCUCCAACCCCAAAUCCGAGAGCGUGCUCAGCGUGGCUUCAUCAUCGGAAGAAAAACAGCUUGUGAAAAACACGCCUCAGGCUGCCGCUUCCACGCCAGACGUGACGGCGGGGACGCCGUGCAAGCAAAACACCAGCUCCGCUUCCUUGCAGCAUCUGCUGGGGCCCAAACUGGAGCGCCUCCAGAUGAUGGGGAACAAAGUAGAGCUGAAACAGACACCGUGCUCCCAGCCCACUACUGCUGGGAUGGGCGGAACCAGCAAAAUUGACAAGUAUGCACGGAUCCUCUUUCCAGUGUCCUUUGGGGCAUUUAACAUGGUAUACUGGGUGGUUUACUUAUCCAAGGACACCUUGGUAGCAAAAGCAGGCUAGAGUCUGGCAACAAGCAUGAAGCACCAUUUUGUUUCACAGAUGGGACGUGAAGAAGGAAUAUCAGAAACAUGAGGAAUAUGCUGCCAAAAACAUAAUAACGUUCAUAUCCGCAGAGAACAAAUGUUUUUUUUUUUUUUUUAUAAACA